CUGGGCGCCGGCGGGCAGGCACCGGCCUUCCGUUGCCAUGGGCGAGAGGAACGGGCGGCGGGCGGGGUUGGCCGGCGCGGCCAUGGCCCUCACGGGGCAGCACCUCCCGCAGAGAGUGGACCAAGCCUCUGAGUAUGCUGUCUCUGAAGCUUUUUCCCUUCAAAAGUCAAGGUGUCCACAGAGGCCUUGGGGCACUGUGACAAGUCUGGAAACUGUAGAACAGCUGCAAGUUCAUCAUGAGGCCUGUGAGGAAGCCCAGGAGCUGCUCAGUAACUGGAAGUCCCAACUGCAACUGGAGCUGAGCGAUGGAGAAGAGGAAGUUGACUCUGUCCUUCAGAAAGAGCCUUCUGCAGCCCCUUCAAAGUUUGAGCACUUUGAUGACUUGUGCAGCUAUCUGGAAUGUGAAAUGGAAAGCUCCUCUGUCCAGAAAUACCUCCAGCAUCUUUUGCAGAGUGAAGCUGUAAACUGUGGGAUAACGAAACACUUUAGACUUGAAGAGAUCAAGGAAAAAAAAAAAUUUUUAGAUCCACGAAUAAUCAUGGAGCUCAGACACAAGCAGGUGAAAGAAAACCGAAUGAGGCAUCAGAAGGCUUUAGAGCUUCAGAGACAAGAAGAGUCGCUGAAGAAAGCAAUUCUGUCUGAGGCUAGGCUCCAAGCACAGGAGGAGGACAGAAGGAAGGCCCUGCAGGCUAAGAAGGAGGAGGAGGAGAUCCAGAGGGAAAUAGUGAAGCUGCGAAAGGAAAUGGCUGAGAAGAAGCACACCAUGGCAAAAGUUUGGAGAAUGGAGGGGAAGAGACAAGAAAAAACUCAGAAGCCAUCAAUGCAAGAGGUGUCUGCUCUGUCAUCACCCCUGAUCCUGAAGAGAGAAGAGCAAGGAGAAGAGAAACAAAGAAAGACUCAGGAGUUGCUGCGCAGGAUUCACAGCAGUAAGCAGAGAUGCUUGCAACGACAUUUCUCUGCUUGGCUGAAAGUCAUUCUGGAACACAGAAUUAAAAUGGGAAAAGCCAGAGCCCUUGCUGACUGGAGAUGCCAACUGAAGGCCCUGCGAGCUUGGAGAAACUAUACUUGGGCCCAGAAAGUAGAGCAGGAGACACAGCAAUUGGAAGUUCAUCUCCAAGAUCAAAACAGGAAAACCCAACUAGCUGUGGAGCACAACCAGCGACGCCUCUUGCGCUGCUGCUUUCUGGCCUGGCAGCACUGGAGCCGAGCAGAGACAGAAAAGCGAGAGCUGCAGAUAAAGAGGGAGCAGACAAAGAGAAAGAUGGAACAGCUGCUGGAGGCUGUGUCACUGGGGAAGGGUGGGGACAGGCUACUGGAGGUUAACAAGCCUGGGACAGAAGAAGUAAAUCAUCAUCAAGAUUUACAGCAAGACAAGCCAACUGAAACUUGCUUGAUACAGAAAGAGCCUGGUCAGACCAGAGACCAGUCUUGUUGGGAUGUUGUUCACACAUCUCAUUUCUGCAGAAACCCCAAAUUUGCCUGGGAGAUUACCAUUAAACAUGCAGCCCUGAGUGCCCAGGACCAGGCUAUGUACAGGAAUCACAUAGCCACAGUCCUCCAGCAGUUCCAGGGACUCAGUCCAGACAUAUCUCCUGCUUAUGGUAGUCGUUUUGAGCAUCGUCACGCCUUCCAGCAAUGUGUGAUUGAGGAGCAGAGGCAGCAGCUUCAGAAACAGCAAGAGCUGAUCCUUAAGCUGCAAGAAAACCAGAAGAUGAGCAGAGAUAAAGAAGAGGCAGCACAAGCUAUGGCUGUAACCCAGACGUUUAACAACUCUGUUUCUCAAACCAGGGAGGAAAAACAAUCCAGAUGCAAGAAUAUAACCCCUUUGAGCCCACCUGAUUCUCAUGGGCCAGAAAACACGAGGGCAGCAGUGCAAGGCAAGAGGCCCUCCAGGCCGCUGAUCUCACCUCAUCCCAUACUGAAAGGGAUGGAGGAGAGAGCGAUUCAGCGGGCAGAACAGAAGAAGAAAAUAGAAGAAGCCAAACAACAAAAAGCAGAGGAAAAAUUGGCCCAGCUGAAGGCUGAAGAGGAAGCACGACAGAGGAAGGAAGCCGAGGAAAAGGAAGCACAGCGGGAAAAACGCCUGAAGGAGAGAAGGCAGCAGAAGCUGAAAGAACUGGAGAAGAAGAGGAGGUUGGAGAAAGAACAGGAGCUCCAGAAAAAGGCUAGAGAUCACUAUGAGAAGGUCCUUCUCAGAAAGCUGGGAAUAGUGCCAUGGAAAAGGCUGAGGGAGCAAGCUAAGGCAAACCUAGUGGUGGCACAAAGGCACCACAGCUUGGGCCUGCAGAGGAAAUGCCUGAUGACUUGGCUGCAGGACACCCAGCAGAGUCUCAGGGAGAAGAUGUCUUGGGCUGAGGACUUCUAUUCCCAUAUGUUACUGAGAUGGGGCUUCAGGAACUGGCUGAAGGUUGGCCUGCACCACCAUGGAGAAAUGCUACCAAGAGAGCUGGCUAUUGCCACACUUUCCUGUAACCACACAAUGCCAGUUCAGUCACCUGUAGCACAGUCUUUGCAAAGUUAUGCUACCUCCCCAUUCCAGCAACAUUACUCCCUUUUUCAGAGACCUUCUCUCAGCUUCUCACUCUCUUCCUCACAGAAUUUUCUCUUACACACUGAUCCUCUACCAUGUACUGUCUCACUCUGCUCCCUGCUGAUUUUCCUCCACUCCUGUGCACAGUACUCUUUCACUGCCACAGUCUCAGCACUGUUUUAUUUAUUGGGCCAGAGGUUGGGAGGGAAAAGAAGAAAAAAGCCAUUCUCACCUGUUUCUUUGUCCUCCUCCCCAGUACAAGGAUUAUCUCUCUACUCAGGAGAAGACAGCAAGUACCUUCCACACAGUCUGCCUCAUGAGGAAGUGCUUUUGGGCAUGGUUUGAUCAUAUCAUGGAGGAAAAAAGGGCCUUAUGGAAGAGGUUGAAGAUUGCUACUGAACACAGUAACAAGAGACUUAAACUGAACGCAUUGAAGGCAUGGAGGCAGUACCCUUUACUGAUGAAAAAGGAAAGGGAAAGAGAGGAAAGAAGAAACCAGCUACGCAGGAGAGUAGCUGAAAUUCUCCCCAACUUCCAAACAUGACAGAAGAGAGUCAGAUGAGAUGGGAAGAAGACAAGACCAGUUCUGUUCAGUGCUAUUUCCUGUUGACUGAAACAAGUCCAGGGGGAAGGCUUACCAAAUGCAGAAGGUCUUAAGCCAAAGGGAGCCCCCUGUGGCCACUGGUGUUGUGAACAUCGUAGAUGUUUAGAUGGAAGCUUAUCUGACAGUUUCACAUUGCACUUCAUGGAGUCAUUCCCCUCAAGCCUCUGUAGAGGUGUCUUGGCUGUUGGCCAUGAAGCCCAGAUAACUAAAGCCUAGCAAAGGGUCUGUUUGAGGCCGAGGCCAUUUCCACAUGCAGAGCUGCAGCAAUGACAAGAAUCCUCCUCCAUCCAAUGAAGCACAGAACUGAAGUGCACCUCUUUUUGCCUAAGCAGUAACCUGAUGCUUUUUCAUUGGCAGUACUCUGCAGGGUGACAGCUUAUCCAGAGAGCAGACCGACUUGACUGUCAGCUGAUACCUUACCACUGCUGUGAACUUGGCCAUCCAGAGCACAGUUUCUAGCUAACUGUGCCAGGAAAGUUUAGAUGGGAGGAGGAAGGGGAAGAGUGGUUUAUGCAAACCACAUUUGCUAAUGAUCCAGAUCACAGCAUUGUAUAUGGAAAGUAAAACCUGGUUUCUUUUGCAAGGGGUUGCCUUGUUUGUUAGCACUGGCCAGUUCACAAGCACAGUGCUUUGAUUUUGGUACCAAGCAGUAAUCCCAAGUUUAUGAGUCUCAAUUAUCAUUUAAAUACUGCUGUUUAAUAAAUAAUGUUUAAUAAAUAAAUAAUUAAACAAGUUUUUUAAUAUUUCAGGUUGUAUUGUGCAAGCCUGUCUGGGCUGUUUCACUUGAUCCAGUCUUCAAAGAAAAAAAGACAAAACUCCAAGAAAGAGGCAGAUUGUAGCUUUUACAGAAGCUAAAGCUACUGUGAUUAAAACGAAAGUUUCAUACUACUGUUUAACCUUAACCUGCAGCAUGCAGGAGGCAGGGUAAUGCUGAUGAGGUACACUAUGUCUUAGCAACAACAUAAGGCAGGAAGCUGGAAUCCCUUCCUCUCACAGCCAGAUAGGCAAAGCUCUCCAAAAGCAUUUGGCAGUAUAGGAAGUACUUGAGUAACACCAGAAAGACAACAGUUUACUGUUACCUUGCAACAGAUCAUUAGAAAAACCCAUAUAUGCAUUGAAAGUUUCCAAUAAAUCCAAAUCUGAAACAACUGA